CCGGGCAAAAGAGGACUAAAACGAUUGGACCUUUAACCCUCAACCCACUUAAUCCACCGGACCAACGGGCUAAACCGGGUUGACAAGCUUUAAUAAUUUGAAAUUCAUAUAUUCUAAAAAUUUUGGGUUCACAUUUUUAUGAUUGAGUCCAAUCAAUCAAUAAUUGUGGACUUUCAGAGAGUGGUUGAAAUUCAAAAGUCAGUCUUCAAGGUUCUUUCGUGAUAGACAAGUUUUUGCGUUUAUUUAUUGUUGGGUCGAAGAAAGAGAAAGGGAAACAGAUGGAUGAUGGGAUUGUGUCUAUUAAUUAUUGGUAGUUGCAGAUGGAGAAGAUCAGCUACAAAAUAAGGGUAAAUGCAAUUUGUUAAAACGUAUAUACUAUAUAGUACGCAUGCAUGUUUGAUGUGAAUAAUAGUAGAGGGAUAGAUUUAGUAACACAGAAAAUGAAACAAGUUAUUGCCAAAUCAACAGCUUUGACUCGAAGACGAUGACUCGCUUCUUCGUGUGAGAAAGGAAUUCAUGUUGUGCCGCCAGAGAUCUGGAGAGCAAAGACGAAAGUAUACACCACGAGUUUGUGAAUGGGGAAUGUGAAUUAGAUCAUCAAAUCACGCGCUUGGGGCUAAAUAAAAAAGGAUAGGAGGUUAGUUAGAUGACUAAUGAUAUUGAAUUUGUCAAUUUGGUACAUAGGAGAUCUCGAACGUCGGCUUAGGAAACAAAGAAAUGAAGGGAGAGAAGAAGAUAUAGACUCUUUUAUUAACAACUAAUCGAGUGUAUGAGGUUGGAUAAACGAUGCAUUCAUUUUUUUCCUUUAAAAAAUUCAAUAAAAAAUUAAAAACGAUAUCUUAAACUUUGGUGGGUUUCUAUUCAACUUUUGAAAUCUGUUUCUUUUUCGGGCCUAAUUAGUUUAUUUAAACCUAUUAAAAUAAUUUUAUUUUAAUUUUCCCGCUGAAUUGUUGUAAUAUUUUGGGCUAAUACCACUAGGAAACCUAAACUAUUAAGAAUGUGUCAUUUGUGUCCUAAAUAUCCAAUAUGACAUUUGUGUCAUAAACAAUUUUUCCGUUAGAGUUGACCGGCCUUGACCGUUAGUUUUUAACAGAAAGUAUAGUCAGCGCUGAUGUGACAUAUGACAUGAAAUUUUAAAUUCAAUUUUUAUUCAAUAAAAUAAUUAAAAUUACAAAAAUAACAAUAGUUAAAUCUCCCGGCCCUCUUUCCCUUUCCCUCUCCCAUCUCCCAUUUCACAGUCGCAAAUACCGAGCUUCUUCCGAUAGACUAUGGUGGAACCACGGAGAAAUCGAACGACGACAAACACAUCUUUCGCAAAUCCGCCAUGGAAAUCUUAAGCACGAUGGGUGAUUUAGGGAUUGGAGGAGUUCGAUUGGAAUUUUGAAUUGAAUCUAAAGGCGACAGAGCCGAGAUUGGAGGAGUUUGAUUGGAAUUUUGAUCUGAAUUUGAAGGCGACGGAGCUGACCUGGAGUUGUAGGGCCGAAUUGAAGUGGUGGUUGCCGAAGAUGGAUUAUUCGCCGUUCGAUAUUUGUCUCUCCUCGUCCAAGUCGCCGGACCAAGUAUGCUUUGCGGAGCUGGUGCUGAAAAUCCGGAGAAGAUGUCGAUUGGAGUCUAAAUUUAUAAGACGUCGACUAGAGCAGGGAACACCGCUGGAGAAAAUGUCGACUGGAUCUGGGAAAGCCGCUGGAGAAGAUGACACCUGGAGCUCGAAACGUCGUUGGAGAAGACUUCGAUUGGAGCUGGGAGCUCUGCCGGAGAAGACGACCUCGAUUGGAGCAAGGUAGCCGGAGAUUGGUGAGGAAGCCGGAGGCCGCCGAAGAAGAUGUGCAAAAUUCAAAACCCACCAGAUCUGCAAAAUUCGAAGUUGGAAUGGCUAUCAAAUUUCAUGGAGGAAUCAUUCUGAAGCUAGUAUAUGCAAAAGCUGCAGAGUCGGAUGACUCUCGACGAUGAGAACGAAGAAGGAGAUGAAGGACAACAGGUAAGUUUAGAUUUUAUAAUUUAAGUUUUCCUUUGUAAUUUAUAUUUUAAUUGUUAAUUUUAAUUAAAAAUAAAAACCUGAUGUGGCAGCUGACGUGGCGCAUACGUGGCUGCCACAUAAGUGCCAUGUAACAGACAGUCAACAUUUUAUGGUUGACCGUUUGGUCAACCGUUAUCUAUAACGGUCAACAAAAUUGUCAGGACGUAAAUGACACACAACUAUCAUAUGUCAUGACACAAAUGUCAUAUUGGAUACUUUAGGACAUGACUCACUCCUACUGUCACUCUAGAAAUUGGCCAAGUGUAACCACUUCCUAAAGCGUAGUAUAGCGGGUUUGGGUUUUAAUGUCAACCCGGGUCCUAGAUUUGAUGACUACUCAGUGAAUUCUUGUUAUCUAGCAAUGAAACUUUAGUGAAAGUCUAAACUAACAAACAAACAAAGCAACUAAACGGUUGUAUUCAAGUUAAGAGAGGUCACCCGGAUAUGGUUCCCCCUAGACUGCAGUUAAGCCGGAUUGUAAUUACCAAGUUCAGUUUCUAUGAUAGUUAUACUGUGGAAGGUUCUUAAACAGCCUGAAGUCUCGACUAAAGGUCUUCAGACCCUCUCAAUCUGAGUCUCUAGCGGGCGACUAACCUCCACCGGAGUAAACAGAUUGAGGCCCUAACGAACAAAACCUCCACUACCGAAGUAAAUUCAGUACAGAAUAGUGAGUUGGCUCCUCGACUAAAGUCACCAACUCCCAACCUUCAAUCAAGGAUGCUCUAUCAACCUAGGCAGAUAUUCUCAUUCUAGGUUAAAGCAGAAACAACAGGAAUUUGAUCAGGAUUCAUGCCAUUCAAUCAUUCAAACCUCAAUUGAAUAUAAUCAAAUCAUAGAAUCAGU